UAUUUUUACUUGAAUCCAACAAAUAACAUCAACAUUUAACUUUUUAACACAUCAAACAAAUAAUAAAUGACUUUUUAUCAAUUAAAUUCACUAAGAUAAAAUCAUUUUACUUGGAGAUUCGUAUAUCGAUCAUGCCGGUCAUACUGGUGGUGUCAUACCGAUUUUAUGACCAGUACAGGUUAAACCAGAUUCAACCAGUGGCACGCCGGCCGGCGUGACAACCAUCAUCUCAAUUCUCAACACACACAACAUUAACAAGUACACUAUUACGUACAACAGCAUGCACCACCAUUAUCCAAAUCUUCCGGCUGACUGUAGAGCUAACACCAGAUCAAAGAUAAGGGAUUCUGGCACAUGCGGUAUUGUUACUGUUGUGUAACGCUAGCUAGCUGUCGGCAAACUCGUCGCAAAAUCUGAGCAUUAUAAAUCCCGGCAUUGUGGAAGCAACCGAGAGAGACAACAAACAAAACAGUCCCACUCCUUCCUUCUUCAACCUUAUCCAAUUAUUAUCCUAGCUAGCUAGCUUGUAACAUGGCUGCCGCUUCUGCUCUCCCUACAGUUUCUCCACUGUCGUCGUUCGUUUCUAAGGCUAGCACGACGACGAUGAUGAUAAGCUGCGUCGUCGUCGUCAAGGCUCCGAAAAGAUCGGCUCCUUUAUGCAGCUGGAGGGCAGCUGAUGAUCAGAAGCAGUACUCGACCGAUGGCGGUCUCAUUCCGUACCCAAUCUUCGGCAAAGCUGUUGAUCGGAAGUGCUCAACCGGCGCCGGCGGUGGUGAUGGUGGUCUCAUUCCGUAUCCGAUCUUCGGCAAAGGUUGUCAGAAGAAGGACUCGAUCGAAGGGGAUGGCGGCCUGAUUCCGUACCCCAUUUUCGGCAAAGCUCAGAAGUGAUCGUAUUAUUUCCUUUUCAUGUGAUAAUAAUAAUAAUAAUAAUAAUAAUAAUAAUAAUAAUAAUAAUAAUAAUAAUAAUAAUAAUUAAUGUGUUUCUAAAAGGAUUAGUUUGGUGACAACAUACGGUGAUAAAAAAUUCAUUGUAUCCUAGUGUUUAUGCGUACGUCUUCAUCAGUAACGAAGUCUUUAAUUAAUUUGCUAAUUAUUGUAUGCAUGUGGCCGUGACGUACUUCUGUUGCUAUUGUGUUUGUACCAAGUAUAUAUGUUGUCUUUAAUUAAUUUGCUAAUUAUUGUAUAUGCAUGUGAUUGUGACGUACUUCUGUGCAAAUUUCAAACUCAUGGAUUGAUUUUCGUUUAAGAGCACAUGUUAGAGAGUUGUCAUGACAGCUGCGAGAGCAGCAGCAGAAGCCAUGGUAGCUAGCCGCUGCGUGUGUUGCUUACGUUGAGCACUUCUUUGGACAUAUACGAAGAAAGAACAAACAGGGGGGAAAAGUAAGAAUCGCGGCAUGCAAUCCAGACAGACACUAGUGUACAUAUAAAAUUGGGUUAAUUUGGCUGGUUUGCAUGCAUGUGAAGUACGUGGUGAUGCUGCAUGCAUGUGUGAGUGAAAUAUAAAUUGGUGUUGGGUAUUUUUUUUUUCUCCAUUAAAAUGCAAUCAUUUUG